AUGACAAUGCUCAAGAACAAACGCAUAACUGUCUCACUGAUCUUGGUGUUUCUCAUGAUGGUGUCUCCAAUGGCAAAAGCUCAGCUUGAUCUUGGUGGUCUUCUUGGUGGUCUUGGUCUUGGUGGUCUUCUAGGUGGCGGUGGUGGCGGUGGCGGUGGUCUUCUUGGUGGUCUUGGUCUUGGUGGUCUUCUUGGUGGUGGUGGUGGCGGUGGUCUUCUUGGUGGUCUUGGUCUUGGUGGUCUUCUUGGUGGUGGUGGUGGUGGCGGUGGUGGUGGUGGACGUGGUGGUCUUGGUGGCAUUUUCGGUGCCAUCAAUAUCCUAGGCAUUGUCCGCUGCUCUGUCAAUGCCGAUGCUUCCGCUCCUGUUUUCGCUAAUGCCGGCGUUCAGCUCCGGUGCGGCCAAAACGUUGUUUCAACGUCGACUACUAACGGUGCCGGAGUAUUCAAUAUGGUUUUGAACCCACUCCAGACUGUGCUUUCUACAAUCCUCUCCAAUUGUCAGGUCGUCGUCACGACUCCUCUCUCCACCUGCAACGCCUCACUUCCUUCCGCCGGUCAACUCCUCUCGCCGUUGACGUUCGUCGGAAACACCGUCAACGGUAUCCUCCGCGUAGCCACCCUCGCUCCCACCAACUUUGGCCUCGUUAACUGA